AUGGAUGUGAAGGAACGAAGGCCGUAUUGCUCCCUGACCAAAGAGAAGCGGGAAAAAGAACGGCGUUACACGGGCUCGUCAGGGGACAGCGAGGACUGUCGCGUGCCCACCCAAAAAUCCUACAGCUCCAGCGAGACCCUCAAGGCCUUCGACCACGACUCCUCGCGACUCCUCUACGGGAGCCGGGUUAAGGAGGUGACGCAUCGCGAGACGGACCAAUACGCCCGUCAAGGGCAGAAUUUCAACCUGAGGCAGUUGGGGAUCUGUGAGCCAGCCACGCGACGUGGCCUGGCCUUCUGUGCUGAGAUGGGUCUGCCCCACCGCGGCUACUCGGUCGGCGCCGGCUCGGACCUGGACACGGAGAACGAGGGGGUGAUGUCUCCGGAACGCGCCAUGCGUCUGUGGGGGAGAGGGGUGAAGUCCGGCCGAAACUCCUGCCUGUCCAGCCGCUCCAACUCCGCCCUCACGCUGACCGACACGGAACACGAGAACAAGUCAGACAGCGAGAACGAGCAACCGUCCAAUCAGCAUCAACAGGGCCAGUCCACGCUGCCGCCUCCUCCACCCCCGCACAAGCAGCAGCCGUCCGUGACGGCGCUGAACCACAACUCCUUGAGCAGCCGUAGGAACGUAAGCCCGGCCACUCCGGCCGCCCUCAACGCCGAGCUGCAAACCACACCCGAGUCGGUGCCGCUGCAGGACAGCUGGGUCCUGGGCAGCAAUGCGCCUCUGGAGAGCAGGCACUUCCUCUUUAAGACAGGCACCGGCACCACACCGCUCUUCAGCACGGCCACGCCCGGUUACACCAUGGCGACGGGGGCAGUGUACUCCCCGCCCACGCGGCCCCUCCCCCGCAACACCUUGUCCAGGAGCGCCUUCAAGUUCAAGAAGUCCUCCAAGUACUGUUCGUGGAGGUGCACUGCCCUCAGCGCCGUGGCCAUAUCCGUCCUACUGUCCAUUCUCCUCUGCUACUGUAUCGCCAUGCAUCUGUUUGGGCUGAAUUGGCAGUUGCAGGAGACAGAGGGCUAUGCCUUUGAGAAUGGCCAGGUCAAAUCUGAUAGCACACCAUCCAACUCAGUCACUGCCUUGUCUGCAGACACCGGUAAAAUCGGGGUGUAUCUUUUGGAGAACAACACCAUAGACACGGGAGAGGUGGACGUGGGCCGGAGGGCAGUGCAGGACGUCCCUCCCGGAAUCUUCUGGCGUUCCCAGCUGUACAUAGACCAGCCGCAGUCUCUGAAAUUUAACAUCUCCGUCCAAAGAGACGCCCUGGUGGGGGUGUACGGCCGCAAAGGCCUUCCCCCCUCCCACACACAGUAUGACUUUGUGGAGCUAUUGGACGGCAGUCGUCUGAUUGCGAAGGAGAAACGGGGACUGGUGGAAGUGGAGGGCGUGGCCAGGAGAGCUCGUUCCGUCAGCGUGCAUGAGGCUGAGUUCAUCCGCUUCUUAGACUCAGGAAUUUGGCACCUGGCCUUCUACAACGAUGGCAAAAACACAGAGCAAGUGUCCUACAACACCAUCGUCAUCGAGUCCCUCUCAGAGUGUCCGCAUAAUUGCCAUGGAAACGGAGACUGUCGCACUGGAACUUGCCACUGUUUCCCAGGAUUCCUUGGGCCCGAUUGUUCGAGAGCCGCGUGUCCAGUGCUGUGUAGUGGUAAUGGCCAAUACUCUAGGGGGCGCUGUCUUUGCUACAGUGGCUGGAAAGGGACAGAGUGUGACGUUCCCAGCAACCAGUGUGUGGACAUCCACUGUGGUGGCCAUGGGAUCUGCAUUAUGGGAACUUGUGUCUGUAACACAGGUUACAAAGGAGACAACUGUGAGGAAGUGGACUGCCUGGACCCGUCCUGUUCGGGCCAUGGAGUGUGUAUUCAUGGAGAGUGCCACUGUAAUCCUGGUUGGGGAGGGACCAGCUGCGAUGUUCUGAAGACCAUGUGUCCCGACCAGUGUUCUGGCCACGGCACCUACCAGUCCGAGAGCGGAACCUGCACCUGCGACGCCAACUGGACCGGGCCCGACUGCUCCGUGGAGGUGUGUGCAGUGGACUGCGGCUCUCACGGCGUGUGUAUGGGGGGGAGCUGUCGCUGUGAGGAGGGCUGGACGGGCUCAGUGUGUGAUCUAAAGGCGUGUCACCCACGCUGUACCGAACACGGCAUCUGUAAGGACGGCAAGUGUGAGUGCCACCAGGGCUGGACCGGAGAACACUGCACCAUCGCUCACCCGGAGACAUAUGUCCAAGGAGAAAGGAUAGGAUUCAAAGAGGGUUGUCCUGGACUGUGUAACAGUAAUGGGCGGUGCACGCUGGAUCAGAACGGCUGGCACUGUGUCUGUCAGCCGGGCUGGAGAGGGGCCGGCUGUGACGUUGCCAUGGAGACGCUGUGCGCUGACGGCAAGGACAACGAAGGAGAUGGUCUGGUGGACUGUAUGGAUCCUGACUGCUGCCUGCAGAGCUCCUGUCAGAGUCAGCCGUACUGCCGCGGUUCGCCCGACCCCGCUGACAUCAUCAGUCAGAGCCAAUCGCCUUCACCGCAGCAGGUCGCCCAGUCCUUCUACCAGCGAAUCAACUUCCUCGUCGGACCUGAGAGCACUCACGUUAUCAUGGGAGAAAACCCCUUCAACAAGAGCUUGGUAUCCAUCAUCCGGGGACAGGUGCUGACUGCAGAUGGGACCCCUCUCAUCGGAGUCAACGUGUCGUUUGUACAUUACCCAGACCAUGGCUACACCAUCACACGGCAGGAUGGCAUGUUUGACAUUCUGGCCAAUGGAGGCGCUUCUUUGACGCUGAGCUUCGAGCGCGCUCCGUUCUUGACGCAGUACCGGACCGUUUGGAUCCCGUGGAACGUGUUCUACGUCAUGGACACUUUGGUCAUGAAGAAGGAGGAAAACGACAUUCCGAGCUGCGACCUGAGCGGCUUCAUCCGGCCCAGCCCCCUCAUUGUGGCCACGCCCCUUUCCACGUUCUUCAGGUCCUCCCCCGUGGACGGUCCGAUUAUCCCAGAGACACAGGUUCUUCAAGAAGAGACGGCCAUCCCGGGCAGUGACCUGAACCUGGUCUACCUAAGCUCGCGGGCGGCUGGAUACCGUCCAGUUCUCAAGGUCACGAUGACCCAAUCAACCAUCCCCUUCAACCUGAUGAAGGUGCACCUGAUGGUGGCCGUGGUAGGCCGUCUCUUCCAGAAGUGGUUCCCCGCUGAGCCCAAUCUGUCCUACACCUUCAUCUGGGACAAGACGGAUGCCUACAACCAGAGGGUCUACGGCCUUUCAGAGGCAGUGGUGUCUGUGGGCUUUGAGUAUGAGUCGUGCCUGGACCUGAUUCUGUGGGAGAAAAGAACGGCUAUUUUGCAAGGCUAUGAACUGGACGCUUCUAACAUGGGAGGCUGGACUCUGGACAAGCAUCACAUCCUGGACGUUCAGAAUGGGAUCCUGUACAAGGGCAACGGUGAGAACGUCUUCAUUUCCCAGCAGCCUCCAGUAAUCAGCACCAUCAUGGGGAACGGGCGUAGGAGGAGCAUCUCCUGUCCGAGCUGUAACGGGCAGGCAGAUGGUAACAAGUUGCUAGCCCCUGUGGCCUUGGCCUGUGGGUCGGACGGCAGCCUGUUCGUGGGCGACUUCAACUACAUCAGACGGAUCUUCCCCUCUGGAAAUGUCACCAGUGUCAUGGAACUCAGAAAUAAAGAUUUCAGACAUAGCAACAACCCAGCACACAGGUACUACCUGGCAACGGAUCCGGUGACAGGGCAGCUGUAUGUGUCGGACACUAACUCCCGGAGGAUCUUCAGGCCCAAAGUUCUGACUGGCACCAAGGAAUUGCUGCAGAAUGGAGAAGUGGUUGCAGGCACGGGGGAGCAGUGUCUGCCUUUUGAUGAAGCUCGCUGUGGGGACGGAGGAAAAGCCACCGAAGCCCUGCUGCUGGGACCCAAAGGCAUUGCGGUGGAUAAAAACGGCUUCAUUUACUUUGUUGACGGGACCAUGAUCAGGAAAGUGGAUAGAAACGGCAUCAUCUCCACGCUUCUGGGCUCCAACGACCUGACCUCUGCCCGACCUCUAACCUGCGACACCAGCAUGCAUAUCGGACAGGUGCGUUUGGAGUGGCCCACAGAUUUGGCCAUCAACCCCAUGGAUAACUCCAUCUACGUGUUGGAUAACAACGUUGUCCUGCAGAUCACGGAGAACAGGCAAGUGCGAAUCGUUGCUGGACGGCCCAUGCACUGCCAGGUGCCGGGGAUAGAGUACACCAUGGGCAAACGGGCGAUCCAGACCACGCUGGAGGGCGCCACAGCCAUCGCCCUCUCCUACAGCGGCAUUCUCUACAUCGCCGAGACCGACGAGAAGAAGAUCAACCGCAUCCGUCAGGUCAGCACGGACGGAGAGAUCUCCCACUUGGCCGGCGCGCCUUCCGACUGCGACUGCAAGAACGACGCCAACUGCGACUGCUACCAGACGGGAGAUGGCUACGCCAAGGACGCCAGGCUCAACGCCCCAUCUUCCCUGGUGGUCUCUCCGGACGGGACGCUGUACGUGGCCGACUUGGGCAACAUACGGAUCCGGGCCGUGCGUCAGAACCGGCCCUCCCAGGGUUUGUCGGGCCUGUACGAAGUAGCCUCACCAGCUUCGCAGGAGCUUUACGUUUUUGACAUCAAUGGAACCCAUCAGUACACCAUGAGCUUGGUGACGGGAGACUACAAGUACAACUUCAGCUACAGCAACGAGGACGAUGUUACGGCCGUCACUGACAGCAGCGGAAACACGCUGCGUGUCCGUCGCGACCCCAACCGUAUGCCCGUGCGUAUCGUUGCCCCCGACAACCAAGUCAUCUGGCUGACCAUCGGAACAAACGGUGGGCUGAAGACCCUUACCACUCAGGGUCAGGAGCUGGUGCUCUUCACGUAUCACGGCAACAGCGGACUCCUCGCCACCAAGAGCAUUCAGAUCGGCUGGACCACCUUCUACGACUAUGACAGUGAAGGACGCCUCACCAACGUGACCUUCCCCACCGGAGUGAUCACCAGCCUGAUCGGCGAGAUGGACAGAGCCUUAACCGUGGACAUCGAGACAUCUGGACGGGACGACGACGUCAGCAUCACCACCAAUCUGUCGUCCGUCGACUCUUUCUACACACUCGUCCAAGACCAAUUGAGAAACAGUUACCAGGUCGGCUAUGAUAACUCUCUGAGAGUGAUCUAUGCCAACGGAAUGGACACACACUUUCAGACUGAGCCCCAUAUCCUGGCAGGGGCCGCCAACCCCACGGUAGCCCGGAGGAACAUGACACUGCCCGGGGAGAACGGACAAAACCUGGUGGAGUGGCGCUUCCGAAAAGAGCAGACCAGAGGAAAAGUGAUCGUGUUCGGAAGGAAGCUCAGGGUCAAUGGACGAAACUUGCUCUCGGUGGACUACGAUCGAACUCUACGAACGGAGAAGAUCUAUGACGACCAUCGCAAGUUCCUUCUGAAGAUCGUGUACGACGCAUCCGGUCACCCCAUUCUCUGGGUGCCAAGCAGUAAGCUGAUGUCUGUCAACCUUACCUACUCCAGCACAGGUCAGGUGACCAGUAUCCAGCGUGGCCCCACCACCGAACGGGUGGAGUAUGACACUCAGGGUCGUAUCGUAUCAAGAACUUUUGCUGACGGCAAGACCUGGAGCUACACAUACUUGGACAAGUCCAUGGUGCUGCUACUACACAGUCAGAGGCAGUACAUCUUUGACUAUGACCUACAAGACAGGCUGUCUGCCAUCACAAUGCCCAGCGUCGCCCGUCACACCAUGCAAACCAUCCGUUCAGUGGGAUACUACCGAAACAUCUACAAUCCACCCGAGAGCAACGCCUCUGUGACGGUAGACUACAGCGAGGACGGGCAGCUCUUGCGAGUGGCGCACCUGGGCACAGGCCGGCGGGUUCUCUACAAGUACCGGCGACAGAACAAGCUGUCGGAAAUCCUGUAUGACAGCACACGGGUUAGCUUCACUUACGACGAGACCGCCGGCGUGCUGAAGACAGUCAAUUUACAGAGUGAGGGUUUCAUUUGCUCCAUCCGCUACCGACAGAUUGGACCGCUGGUCGACCGACAGAUCUUCCGCUUCAGCGAGGACGGCAUGGUCAACGCCCGCUUUGACUACACGUAUGACAACAGUUUCAGGGUCACAAGCAUGCAGGGCGUCAUCAAUGAGACACCGUUGCCCAUCGACCUUUACCAGUUUGAUGACAUCUCGGGCAAGGUGGAGCAAUUUGGGAAGUUUGGCGUCAUCUACUAUGACAUCAACCAGAUCAUCUCCACGGCUGUCAUGACCUACACCAAGCACUUUGACGUCCACGGCAGGAUCAAGGAGAUCCAGUACGAGAUCUUCCGCUCUCUCAUGUACUGGAUUACAAUCCAGUACGACAACAUGGGCCGUGUCACCAAGAGGGAGAUCAAGAUCGGUCCCUUUGCCAACACGACGAAGUAUGGCUACGAGUACGACGUGGACGGCCAGCUGCAGACGGUAUACCUGAACGAGAAGAUGAUGUGGCGUUACAACUACGACUUAAACGGCAACCUGCACCUGCUCAACCCCGGCAACAGUGCCCGACUCACACCACUGCGCUACGACCUUCGAGACCGCAUCACACGCUUGGGUGACGUCCAGUACCGAAUGGAUGAGGAUGGGUUCCUACGGCAAAGGGGCACAGAGAUCUUUGAAUACAACUCCAAAGGCCUUUUGGUACGCGUCCACAGCAAGGCCAACGGCUGGACCAUCCAUUACCGCUACGACGGCCUGGGGAGGAGACUGGCUUCCCGCAACAGUCUGGGCCAGCACCUACAGUUCUUUUAUGCCGACCUCAAUUACCCUACACGUAUCACGCACGUUUACAACCACUCCAGCUCUGAGAUCACCUCACUUUACUAUGACCUCCAGGGCCAUCUAUUUGCCAUGGAGAUCAGCAGUGGAGAGGAAUUCUACAUCGCCUGCGACAAUACAGGAACCCCGCUGGCCGUGUUCAGCAGUAAUGGACUACUCCUUAAGCAGGUCCAAUACACUGCCUACGGCGAGAUCUACUUUGAUUCCAACCCCGACUUUCAGCUUGUCAUCGGUUUCCAUGGUGGCUUGUACGAUCCCUUGACAAGAUUGCUGCACUUCGGUGAGCGUGACUACGACAUCCCAGCUGGCCGCUGGACGACUCCAGACAUCAGCACCUGGACCAGGGUGGGCAAGGAUCCAGCUCCCUUUAAUCUAUACAUGUUCCGCAACAACAACCCUGUCAGCAAGGUGCACGAAGUGAAAGAAUAUGUAACAGAUGUCAACAUCUGGCUGGUGACAUUUGGUUUCCAUCUGCACAAUGCCAUCCCAGGUUUCCCCAUUCCUAAAUUUGACCUCACACAGCCCUCACUGGAGAUGAGGAAGAGUCAGCUAUGGGAUGACUUGCCGUCCAUCUCCGGGGUCCAGCAAGAGGUUACAAGGCAAGCCAAUGCCUUCCUGUCCUUUGAGAGGAUGCCAGAGAUCCAGUUCAGUCGCCGACGGUCCAGCCGAGAAAAACCAUGGCUGUGGUUUGCCACGGUCAAGUCGCUCAUCGGCAAAGGUGUGAUGCUGGCCAUCACCAGUAAAGGCCAGGUGGCCACCAAUGCACUAAACAUUGCCAACGAGGACUGCAUCAAGGUAGCAGCAGUGCUUAAUAACGCCUUCUAUCUCGAAGACCUUCACUUCACCAUAGAGGGCCGCGACACGCACUACUUCAUCAAGACCAGCUUGCCCGAAAGUGACCUUGGCGCACUGCGUCUAACCAGCGGCCGCAAGAGCCUGGAAAACGGAGUCAACGUCACGGUGUCGCAGUCCACCACCGUUGUUAACGGCCGCACCCGACGUUUCGCCGACGUGGAGUUGCAGUACGGCGCGCUGGCGCUGCACGUGCGUUACGGAAUGACGCUGGACGAGGAGAAGGCACGUGUUCUGGAGCAGGCCCGCCAGAGGGCGCUGUCCAGUGCCUGGGCACGUGAGCAGCAGCGGGUACGGGACGGCGAGGAGGGGGUGCGGCUGUGGACAGAGGGCGAGAAGCGUCAGCUGCUCAGCUCAGGCAAGGUCCUGGGCUACGACGGCUAUUACGUGCUGUCCGUGGAGCAGUACCCAGAACUUGCCGAUAGCGCCAACAACAUCCAGUUCCUGCGGCAGAGCGAAAUCGGGAAGAGGUAA